GAAUUUGCAGCUUUUCGAGCCUUUAGCUGCAUCGCCAUGUCCGUGCGAGCCACCUCUCAAUGCAGCUGGGGCCGUCCCAUGAUGCACCUCUCGGAUGGCACUGGGCGAGAUUGGUACAUCCUCGGCGACGCCAAAUCCAAAAACGGGCACUGGACACCGCCGAAGAAGUCUCUUAGCCGGAGCAGCACUGAUGAGGAGCCGCGCAAGGCUCCGACGGGAGCUCGGAGGAUAUCGCCGGAGAAGCGCUUGUCCAGUUUGUCACUUAGCAGGAACGUUCAGCCCAAGCCGCCCAAAGCAGUCAUUGAACGAUGGCGGCAGCAGGCAGACGAGGCCAAUGCCAAGUCGCAGACUCCCAGUAUGGACGUGGACCCUGCAGUGAAGAUGCCGGAGGCGCCGGUGCACGCGUACUCCUACUUCUCGGACACCCGGAUGUUGCGGCGCCUGGCGUAUUGCUCCAGUGGGCCACGGCUGACGACACUGCCAGAGUCGGGGGCCGGAGACUCAGAGUUCCAGCAAAACGAGGUUUGACCCCGCAGGAUGAGUGAUGGCUAUUGUGAGCUGGUGAGCCUCUGCGGUUGUUGCCAGCCUUCUGAGCAAGUUGCAUUGUCUCAGACCUCAUUCCCUGAGUUCCUGGGCAAUUUUUUGGCA